AUGAAUGUUUUGCAUGCUUUCGUGCUGCAGCUGCUGCGCCAUGCCCACUGCCUCUCCACCCCAGCCAUCUCUCAGCUGCAGACUGUGGAGUUGGCCUUCAGGGCCGGCCACACUCCUUUCCCGGCGGAGUCAUUAAGUGCUGCUGCCCGCGAUUUGCUGCAGUGGGUCACUUUUGGCCCCUACACCCUCGACUUCGCCCAGCCACUCACUGAGGGAGAGCAGCAGCAGCAGCAGCAGCAGCAGCAGCAGCAGCAGCAGGCUCUGGGGAUGUCUCUCUUGGACGCAGACGGCCGCUGGUCUGCGGAGAGGCUGAGGGCGGCGGCCGUGGUGGUGGAAGUGGAUGGGCCGCAGCACUUCUACAGAGAUUCUUUUCACUGGAACUCCUCCUCAAAACUCAAACACCAUCUCCUAACACGCUUAGGCUACCGCGUGGCUCACAUUCCUUACUACGAGGUCUUGCCGCUGCGGGGGGCGAGGGAGCUGCGGGAUCUUGUGAGUCGCGCAGUGGCGCAUGCACUGCAGCCAGCAGCAAGCCCCGAGCUGGGGGCUGGGGUGUACGUACACCCCAGAGGCGAAGACCCCUUUGCUGCAGACCCUGCAGCAGAAGCAGCAAUGAGCCUGCUGCUGGCAGCAGAGGGGCCCGCAGCAAGCAGCAGCAAGGGCCCAGGGCUGCUUCUCGAGGGCGCAGAAACGGAAGAAGAGGCACUGCAGCAGCAGCAGCAGCAGCGGCAGCAGCAGCAGCAGCAGCAGCAGCAGCAGCAGCAGCAGGAGCUGCCGGAGGCGCUCAAGCAGCAGCUCAGGCAGGCCCGGCGGGCAGAUCCUCAAAAGGCCCUUCUCGUUUCAGUCCGACGCUGGAAGAGACAAAAAAGACAAAAAAUGAAACAAAAAAUGCAAAAAGUGGGGGCCCCCGGGGGCCCCCCAAAGGCCAGCCUGUACCCUAGUUAG